AAACGUAGUUUAGUUUAGGCUUACAUAUGAUUUUAAGACGCCGCCGACAUAUUUAGUUUCAGGUACCGACGCCGUAAAUAUUUGUCGGCGCAGUGCUCUGGCUUUGGGUGCAGAUAUUUACAAUGGAUUUGUUGGAUAAAAUUAAGAAUUUAUUGGAUUCCUGUUUACUGCCGCAGCUUCAACAUGAUCUGGACAGCAUUCCCAUUGAAAGAGAACAUUUUACUACUUAUCAUGAAUGCUUAGAAUUACAAUUGCCACUUUUAUAUGAUUGGAUACAACAACAGCCAAAUAUAUUUGUAUGGAACGAUGAGGGAGCUAAUUUAGAGAUAAAAACUAAACUCAUUGUGCUCCUUUGUGAAAUAACUUCUUCUAAUACAAUUUAUCAAUUAAAUCGCAAAGAAUUGAUAAGUAAUGCAGAAAGAGUUUUACAAAACACUCUUAAACUAACUAAUGAAUUAGAUGAAUCGUUAUUCAAAUAUUACGAGGACAAAUUACAUAAAGAUAAAUGGAAGAGACAAUUGGGUGCAGUAAAUGGUUUUGUAAAAUAUUUAGAGUAUCGUUUUUAUAAUGCUCUUGAUCACGAUAGUAAGAUGAGCCAAAAAUUUCUAAUGUUUUGUUUAUCUGUCGCUUUAAAUGUGAGAACUUGUUAUGAGACCCAUUACAAAACCUUAAGUACAACAAUAUUUUUGAUUAUACUGCAACAAGGGGCUAAUGACGAUAUUAUAUCCAUGAACAUACACAGUGUUAUAUAUGAUGCUGUCUUCAAAGAUAUUUCUAUUAUGGAUUCAAUUCUCUUUAUUAAUAAACAAUGGAAUUGCUUAAUAAAAUGUUUAGAUUUUUAUACAAAUUUCGAUAGUUUUACGUGGAACUAUUUAGAUGAUAUGAUGGAAGUUUUAUUACGUAAUAUAUCAUUGGCUCCGGAUAAUGUAGCCUCUAUGUGUCUUUUAAAGUUUAUAAACAAGUUAAUUGUUUAUUUCACCCUUAAUCAUAAAGAAUUUGAGGAUUUUUUGUUACAAGAUUUAGCACAAAUGGAAAAUCUAAAUGAGUGUCGUUUAUUGGCGAAUGCAAAUACUAGUUACACUUGCUAUAGAUGGGCUAAAAGUAUACUACAAAUGUUUAUUAUAGAAUCACAUAAAUUAAUGCAAACAGUAGAAAAUGCCCAGCAACUAUUACAGGAAAUGCACAAAAUCUAUAUAUUGGCUAUAUUACCUAUAAAAUUAUCAGUAAUAGAAACACAUUUAAUUAUAUUCCUUAACAAAUUUAUAGCCGUAUUGAUGGAAGUUAUAAAAGUACACCAGACUAAGCCAGAUAAUAUAAUGCCGGUCAUUACUUCAUUAUUGGAAACGUUUAACUAUCAUUUAAACAAUUCCGAUAUAACUGAAAAACUUCAAAGAAUUCAACAAAAUCUUAUUGGAUUAUUAAAAACAGAAUCUUUUAAAAAAUAUACCACAAUAUAAUGUUAU